CUUAGCCAAGUCUGUGGCCAAGUUCUUUGGAGUGAUUUGGAUGUGAUCUUUUUAAGAUUUUUUCAACAAUUUUAGGCAAAUAGCGUUAAUAUUUUACAAUAAUUAUGCCUCGAAGUAAGCAUUCGGAAUCUCGUUCAAGAAGUAAGAGCACAUCUCCUCGUAGAAAGAGCAAGAAAGAUAAAAGUUAUCGGCGUAAAAGUCGGAGCAAAAGUCGUUCCCCAGUGAAGAGGCGAUCUCCAUCACCAAGUAGUUACAGACGAAAACGUAAUAAGCGGUCAAGAUCUCGCUCUCCUAGUGUAGAUAGGUUUGGAAGAACUGUUACCAAGAAAGCUGAUAAACGGAGAGAUGAAAGCAGUAGGCAAGAAGAAAUGGAAAAACAGAGAAAAUUGUAAGUGAAAUAUAUCAGUAUAGAAAUAACUUUGUUGGCUAUAAACUAUUAUAUAAUACCUUAUUGAAUUCUGAUCGUUUAAUUGGCUGUUUAUGGUCACGUGAUAUUGAAUAGAGAAUUCCAUUUCGUCAAAAUGCUUCUUGUACGGUGAUCGCAGUUUAUUUUAACCCGAUAUUCGAAACUCAGUAAAUGGGAUUUAAUGCAAAAUGUCGAAAUGGUGGGAGCUUACACUUAAACCUUUUAAUAUUAGUGUAUUUUGGUAUUAUCUAAAACAAAUAAUGAAUGUUUUUAUUCAUGCAAUGGUAAGAAUAUUUUCAUUUGGUGAAAGAUGGACCAUUGCACUCGUAAACAUUCAUUAUUUGUAUACUUUAACAGGGCUCGAAAUAACAUUCGCAACGUUCCCGAUCAUGGUGAUCGGCAAUCAGGACUUUUUGCCGAUCAAAUAAAAAUCUGGCCGAUCAGGAGCAUUUGCCCUCAUUUCCUUCAAAAAAUUCUAAAUAUGCCAGUGGGCAUUGAAUACACAUUUGAACAGGAAGUUUAACUUUAUUUCAAAUUGAAGUUUAAAUCUAUGACAUUUGUGAACUUAUAUAUACACUACUAAUAGUGUAGCUAUAUUUAACUAGUACUUACAGUAAUAAACUUUAUUUUAUUAUAACACUUUUCAAGUUUUAAUUAUACUAUUGCAUUUUUUUCACACAAAAGUAAGAAACACAGCAGCAUUAUCAAUUAAGAACUAAAACUUAUUAUUUAAUAUUAAAAGAGAAAAUUCUACUAAAAAUAAAAAAUCCUACUCAAAAAAUCCUAUCAAUUUGAAAUUAUUAUGACAAAGAUACAUUCGUUGUCAGCGGUUCGGAUUGCAGACUGUUGAAAAGACGAUAAUACUUUGUGUAAAUUUGUUUUGAUAAAAGUAAAUUAAUUACUUUAGAGCGAGAAUAGUAUUGCGGCCUUUCCUGUCGUACGACUCGUAUAAACUAAACAAAAGCUUUUCGCGUGUUUUUGAAUGCGUUUUAUAUUUUAAUUUUAUUUAUAUCUUUUAUUUGUCUUUUACCGCGUACAGAUAGCAUGUCUUUCAGACAAUGGUCAAAUAUAUUUCUUGCUGAUCAAGAUGAACGGCAACGUUGCUUCUUCGCCGAUCAAAAACAACUUCCUGCCGAUCAUUGAUCGUUGAUCGGCCGUUAUUUCGAGCCCUGCUUUAAUAUGCUGGCUUUAUGCGGUUUGACUAACUCACAGGCGUUUGUUGCAGGGGUUAUGAUUAUUGUGAAUGUUAGGGUUUUAUUAAGAGAUUACGACAUGGGAUACCAAGUUGAUUGACAUCACCCGCAACGAACCCUUGGGCGUAAAAAAACAACCUGUGGUUCCAGUUCCCGACCGACCCUAUUUUUUUCUGCCGACCCUAUUAUUUUUUCAACGUGAUUGUCUGUGCGACCCUAUUUUCUCCAGGUGGUUGUGGGCUGCUCAUACAGCGUGCCAAAAUGGCGUCUGUUGUCACACUAAUUAUUGAACCAAAUUGCCUAAAUUCAUCCAUAGGAAAUAUGCAUUAUUGAUGUCGGGACUCUACUGCAAAUCGCCCAGCAAAAAACCGCGAAAACCAUGAAAAAAAUAUUCAAACUGACCCUAAUUUUUUUCACGAUAUGAAACCGGAACCACAGGUAUAUUUUUUUACGCCUUGCGAGGUAGUCAAACCCAGUUUUAUGUUGUAACCAAGUGCUGAUCAACCCCACAAUACUGAAGAUACACCAGUACGUGAACAAGGUCACACCCAGACUUGGGUACAGGCUAUUACCACUGUAAUAUUUCCAGUAUCACAAAGUGUUCACUUCGAAUUUCGAAAGAACAUCUUAUUAUUGUCAUAACUUUAUUAAUUUACCAUUAUUUUUACCUAAGUUUUGUCUGACUUAGGGCCUGUUCAUAUGGGCAAAAGUUAUCCCGGUUAACGAGAGAACUUUUCGACUAGCCAAAUACUUUUGUUCUGUUCAUAUGGAGAAACUUUAUCCCGCUUACCGGGUAAAGUUUUCGGCUGUGACGUGGCACUGAACAUCAAUUGAAUUGAAAAGUUGCUGACAUGACAGAAAGUUAUCCCGCUAAGCGGGAAAGUUGCGUUCAUAUGGGAAAACCAUUAUCCCGGUCACCGAGAUCUCGCCUGUCAACAAACGAGAUCUCGGUACACGGGAAGACUUUUCAUCUCAUAUGAACACAGUGUAACUUUUCAUAUUAUUUUCGUAACAAGGCGAGAUCUCGCUUGUAAACUUGUCGAAAAGUUUUCUCGCUAACCGGGAUAACUUUUGCCCAUAUGAACAGGCCCUUAAGUAGACAAAAGUAGUAAAAGUUAAGACUGAAAUCAGCGAUUAAUUUAAAAAUGGCAAGAACACUGUUUACACCAAAAAGCUGCAUGCCUAAAACUAUUUGUUAUACAGCAGUAUGCUAAGAAUUUCUGAAGUCCAUGCUGAAGAUCUUUGGCAUAUGGCACUGUAAGAGCACCCUGGUUAGCAUAGUGUUGUCCACUUUCCUAGGGCGAAAUUAUAGAAUACCCAUCCACUUUUCUUUUUUCACUGAAAUACACAAAGAGGGGUUAUGCCACUUCUACACACUGAGCUGAUUUCCAUUGUUUCUGGAUGUACUGGUAUUGGCAGGUGUAUCUGAAAGAAAUCUAGUACUAAAGUUAUAAAAUAGUCAACCAUUAAAGGGGCAGUAUGAUCAAGAUUUUUAUUUUCUUAAACGAAAGUGCUCGUAAAACUGUAUAAUAAUUUGUUUUGAAGAUUUUUGUUCCCAUGCUUAGUUCUUGAGAUAUUUCAUUUUGUUUGUACUGUAACCAUGUGACGUCAUCUACUCAAUUACAUAUAUAAUGAGAUAUCAGUAAUUGUUGUGUAUAUCUUUGCUAUUUUUAUCAAAAUAUUUUGAAAGAUGCGGCGUGUUUGUUAAUUUAACCUGCAUCAUUAAGCAUACUGUGUUUUUUAACAAAUUGAUAAAAAAUAGCAAAGAUACACAACAAUUACACAUAUAUAAUGAUAUAUGUAAUUGAGUAGAUGACGUCACAUGGUUACAAACUAAAGAAAUAUCUCAAGAACUAAGCAUGGAAUUUGAUGGAAACAAAAAUCUUCAAAACAAGUUAUUAUACAGUUUUACGAGCAUUUUCGUUUAAGCUUUGGUUUAAGAGAAUAAAAAUUUUGAUCAUACUGCCCCUUUAAACACACACUGAUAUACUGCUACAGGCUUUUGCUCUAUUGCUACAGCAGAACAGGCCUUCUUUAUUGAGAAAAAUAUCUUUAUUUUAUCAUUGUAUGAAGAAUAAUAUUUGGUUUUAAAUUCCCUAGGUAUGAUAGAUUCAUGAUAAUGCAUGUAUAAUAGUGAUAAAUACUGGGUAUGAUCAGCUCACAGGAUAUGCUAUAGAAUUUCUGAAUAUUUGCUGCAUUUUUAGGGGGUACACAAUAUCUUUUGUGGUAUUCUAACUAGACUACAAUUAGGAUGGAAAUUCGGAGCCCAAGGUUCAAAAAUUAACCUUGAAACAAAAUAAUGAUGACAUGCAUGAACAAUAUAAAUUGUAACAAAUUAAAGGCAACCAAGGCAGUGUGCAACAAGCAACGUUCUUGCUCAAGAAUAGCCUAUUUAAUAAAGCUGAGAGUUAUUAAAAAGUACUGAUAUUUACAAAAUAUUUGUUGUUACUGCUACAUAUAUAAAGAAACUAUUAAUCUUUCUCUUGAAUUUUUUGAGUUCAGAUUUUUUGAGUUCAACAAAAUUUAAAUUUUAACAUGCUGUUUCUUUGAAAAUUUUAAGUUUAGCAAGAAAAAAACAUUAUCUAAGUGUCAUUUUCCAGUUGUUCUGUUAAAAUUAAAACUGUGAAAUAUUGCAUUAAGUAUACACAUAAUUAAAUAGUGCCAAUAUAAAGGUCCAUACAGACCGGACUCGAUUCGACAACGCGACGCGAAUUUUUAGUUUUUAAAAACAAAUAAAACCGAGAUAUGCAGACUAAAAUUGCUUAAUUAAGUGGUUCCGAAUAUUUGAAAAACAUAGAAAAAUAUUGAAGUUAGAUGUCAUUGAAAAUUCGCGUCGCGUUGCCAAAUCGCGUCCAGUCUGUAUGGACCUUAAGUCGAGCGAAAAUGAGCACCACAUGAAUUUAAGUAAGUAAGGUAUGGAUUUCAAUGUGUAUGUUACUGAAGAGAAUCAAUGAAACAUUCUAGGAGGGCAGCAGAACGUCAAAAAAUGAUUGUUGAAGAGGAGGUAGCUAAGAAAGUCGAAGAAAUGGUUGCUAAACGUGUUGAAGAAGAACUUGCUAAACGUAAAGAUGAAAUAGAACAAGAAGUACUUAGGAGAGUUGAGGAAGCUAAAUCUGUAAUGGAAAAACAAAUACUGGAGGAAUUUGAGAAAAAGAGAUCCGAAGAACAAGAAUUCCAACAGAAAAAGGAGGUAAUGUGCCUGCUACAUUAUUGUUGACAUUUGCUUUAGAAGAUUCUUAUCCAUAGUCAAUAUUGCCAUUGUUUGCAUAUGAAGAUGAACAGCGAUGGAUAAAACAUUGUUUAUUGGGUCGUUCUACUAUGGAGGAAUUUCUGCCUAUGAAAGGAGAGGGAAAUAAUCCACAACUUCUGUAAUUAGUAAAUGUACUGGGACAUCAGAUGUGGGGAGGGGAGGUAACUUCCAAUUAACAUGUUUUGUGGAAUGAUUCAUUCUCAUGUAAAAGAUUUUAAAACAUCAUUGUCCAGUUAAUCAUAUUAAAACCUGUUAAAUGCUCUAGACAAAUGUUACGUUUUGUGUGAGCAUAGAAAAUGUCUUUAUCUGCAAUUGUAUAUUCAUCCUUAGAUGCAAAUGAUGGCAUCCAUAGUGUUUCAUCUAUCGAUAGUUAAUAGAAAUAUAUGUAUGACCUAUCACAACCAUCAUUUACUUACUUAUAAAUUGUAUGAUUCUAUAGAACAGUAAUGUUUUUUAUUCACAAAUCAGAAACAUAUACUUUCUUGCCGACCACCAAAACAUUAAAUUUCCUUGCACAAAAAUCCAUAUAGAAAGGCAGUUAAUUGCCAUUACAGAGCAAUGAUGGCAUAUCUUAUUUUCUUUCCUGACAUUAACAUCUAUACAUUAUAUAAUCUUUGAACUAUCUGGCCCUAAUAUUUAUUUUGAAAGUUAACUUUUGUUAUAGCUUUGUUUUGAAAUUUAUUCCGAAGUAAGCAGUGCGCAGAAACGCUUCUUCAAAGUCUUUGUCGUGAAGACAUUUUUAAAUGCAUUUUGGAUUGGUGAGUCCCACUUCUGAAAUGAACUGAACUGAAAGGACAAUAAUAUUCUGACGAACUUUCAGGCUUACUCAAUUCAAACGGUUUAAACUGUCUACAAGUAAUUCAUUUGCUCAUUCCCAUAUCCUUCUAGAAAUUUAGCAGAUUAUGGAACUUCUCAACUGGUUUUAGGAAAGUUUCAAUUUGCGCUGCUUUAAUGUAUGUAUUGGAAAAAGUAGAAAAUUGGCAGUUGGUCAGUUAAAGGGAUGUACUAUAGUAGUAAAGCAUGAAAGGAGAAUUUCAACAAUGUUUGAAAGUUAAUACUUUAUUAGCUUUCCAAGGUAUUAGUUUUAAACCUGAUUCGAAUAUUACAUACCCUGCAUUGAGUGGUAAAAUUGUUUUCUGAAGUUCUCCAUAUUUUCUCAGUCCAUACGAAAGGGAGCUGCUGAUUAAAGGUUAUUAUACUGAACAUAUAGAUUUUUUAUUACGUGGUGUAAUUUGUAUAGACAUUAUUUAUGAACAACAAGUUUGAUGUUCUUUGGUGAGCACAAGUCUUUUUACUGUACGUCAAAUUUUGCGUAUUUGAUGAAUGUGAAAAAGGACUGCUGGGGCUCGUCAGACAUUGAUUAAUGGGCUAUCACUGUGGCUGUUUUAAUAUGAGUGCAUUGAUGUACUGUAAUUGUCUGGUAUUUCGCAACGGAGGCCUGUUAAUUGACUAGUAUUGUUGUUCUGAAUAACGUCUGUAUAAGACUAGAUAAUAGUGAGUAAAAACGUUUUUAUUGGCUAAAUAACCAGGCCUGCAUUGAAAUAACCAGUCCUAAAAACAUGGGCUUAUAUGUAGCAUAUGAUCUGGCCUGGUUGCAUAGCAGAAGAGUGUAUGGGUCAGUUGCAAUACUUGAUGACUGCAAAGGUAAUAACAAAGGAUGAAAAUAUUUCAUGUAAUUGUGGAUGUAACUGUUCUAUAAAAUUAUUUAGGAGCAAGAACGGAAAGAACGUGAACGGUUGGAAAAAAUAAUUGAUUCGAAGAAUGCUGAAAUUGAUGAAAUAAAACAUAAACUGGUAAGUCAUGAAAUUAUACAUUGGUAUAAUUAUGGGGGAUUUUCCCGCGAACUACUGUUUAUGCGUGCAUGUAAAAGUGUUUUCUUUUCAAAGGUAAAGCCACAGCUUUUUUGAUGAUACUGUAGUUUGGUUUUUACAAUGUAGUUAUAAAAUAUAAGGCUUCAAUUAAAAUUUAAAACGUAAAGUAAAUAGACCUUGCAUUCGAUGCAUUGUCUUCUAAUAAAGACUAAUUAUAAAUUGCAAUAGUAAAAUUGAAGAACUGACUGUAGGCUUUAUCACUCAGCAUAAACAGUUGAAUAUCUUACGUUAGCAGUAGUUCAAUCAGAGCCGCCGAGAGGGGGGGGGGGGGGCAAAUUGCCCCGAGGUGCUGGGGGCCCCUGAAAAUUUUUUGUUGGGCCCCCGUCUUUUUUCUGUGUUAAAUAUUUCCGCGCAAAGGACAACAUAUCUGUUUUAUUGGGCUAAGUACCAAAAUUAGGUAUAGAAAAAUGAGAUAAAGUCCCUUGAAAGUGUGUGCAACGUACCCCGGGUCCCCGCCAACCUCUCUGCGGCACUGAGUUCAAUCAUGCCAAAAAUAAAGAAUGUGGAUAAAACUUCUGAACACUCCAUGAUUAGUAUGAUAUGACCAAAUAUCCCACUAUCCUUUGCGAUAUAGAUAACUAUUACAGCUUUGGAAGUUGAAAUUAUGAAUAAUUAAUUGCACGUGUGUAAUGCUGAGUGUAUUGUCAUUUAUAUACAGUAGUAUAUAGCUAUAAACGUUCUGCUCGCUGGAUGGUGAUGCAUUUAUAUUGUAUAGGAGCGUUAUAUCCGUUUAGUGGCUGAGCUGCGACUCCUUUAAUCCAGCAUGCUAAUAUGUUUUGCUUUCUAUACUUCAGUGGUCACUCCUUAAAUCCCCAAACUGAUCAGGAUGCUUAAUUUUGUUAUAAAUGAAGGUUCAAGCGACAGUUUAAAGUGAAUGAAGAUGUUAUGUCGUACACUGGCUCAAAUUAAUGAGCUCGUGCAAAGGUUUGAUCUAAAAUUUAAAAAAGGGCCGACCUUAGCGUUGCCUGCAGAACUGCGAGCUAUAUGGUGGAGUUGCAGGUAAACUCCUUUAGCUUCGGCUUAAACAAUGUUGCCUUGUUUAAAAGUACUUCGUGUUUAUUGUUCUUUGAUGAGGCUAAAACUGUCUUAUGAUUAAUAAAUUCGUCAUCACUAUUCAAGUACAACACAUGCCAAACAACUGCAAGUUUCGUAUGUAUUAAAUCACAUUACACAGCCAGUGAAAAUACAUUUCACCUUUCGUGAAGAAAUUUCAUUAAGACGGCAAAAUCGUUCAUUAGGAUCCGACCAUGAGCAAUAAACCGAACGUUUUAAACGGGGUAAGUAUAGGCAACAUUCUAAAGCGGCAGACCCUAUAAAGUUGAUACCCAAACACCCGAUUUGGGUAUCAAUUUCCCGUUUGUAAUCUAAAAUGACUGAAAAUUGCAAACUUCGCAGGGCUAUAUUAUCCGCAUUUUACAACAUUUCGUAACGAAACUUUGGAAUAUUACUAAUUUUGUGAUGCUCUUUUAAGCUGUGAUGAAAUUUUUGCUAGAUCAAAAUUUUAGUUAUAAGGUUAAAGGUCCAUUCGGUCCUUAAUGCAUGUCUGUUCAUUCUAAAACUUAAAUAGAAAAUAGAAGUUGAUCUACACAAGAUCUCUGGAAAAAUGUGUAACAAUCUGUUGGGAAGUUUGUUUGAAGUUUUUCGAAGAUUGAGCUGAUGGCUUUUGAACAACAGGGGUACAAGGGAGUUUCAUUGAUUAUGAUCAGAAAUGGAACAUCCCUUUCCUGACAUCUUGGGGAUUCUACGUUUUGUUUACACAUGUCUAUUGGUAUUUCCAGGCAGAAGAACGGCUCACAAUGGUCGCGGAGAAGAGACGGUUAAUUGAGGAAAAACGUAACGCCGAGGAGGAAAUGAAAAAACAGGAGAAACGGGCACAAGAGGUCAUACUCAAUAAAACUAAAAGUGCAAGACCUAAAUUAAGUUUCGGUUUUAGGUCAAAAGACGGUUUCUAGGUGAUCGACAAGGAAGGAAAUCUAUUUAUGUCUGUUUUUUUGUGGGGACUGUUUGGGGUUGAGAAAUAUUUAUAUUUUAUUCUUACCUUUUCAGUUUUAUAGAAACAAUUGUAUAUAUUAAUAUUAUUGUAUGUCGUAUGUGUAUGAAUGUCCAGAUUAAAAUCUAACUUUAAUAGUAUGAUCGAUUUGCAUUAUAGUAAUAGUUGAUUUCCUUAGGCUUUAUUUGCACGAUGGAUUAAAAUCUAACUUUAAAAUAUAAUCGGUUCGAGUUAAUAUACGUUGUUGCAAUAAGCUUUAUUUGCAAAUCAAAUAUUGUACGAAAAUCCUGUCAAUUUCUGUAUUGGUAACAAUUGAUAAAC